AUGACAACAACAGCCAAUUAUAAUUCUGAUUCAAGUACACAUGGUUUAUUCAAACAGUUAGAAUCACAGUUUGAUCAAUUUGUUUCAACAACAGACUGGGAUCCAUAUAUUGAGAUUGAUGACGAAUGUGCUCAAUCUUUAUUAUUUAAUAAAUUAAAAGAAGAAGCAAAAUUUUUAGCUGAAAAUAUAGCUGAAAAAGCUGUACGUCAAGCACACACUAAACAACGAUGGUCUCAUUUAUGUAAUGAACAAACUACUCUUGCACACAUAAUUAUUGAAAUAUUAUUUAGUCGCGGAAUUCGACGUGGCUCAGUACCAACGCAUGAAAAAGAACUUAAGUUACGUGAAACUCUUAUAAGAAAUGGUUUAACACAUAAGGAUGGUUUAAAAUUUUCUAUUUUAAUGUUACCAUGUCGUGAUCGGAAUAAAGCAAAAAAUGAUGGCUAUUUACCAGAUUUAGGCGAAGUUGUUGCAUUAUUACAGUUAUGGUGUAUUGUAGAAGCUAUGACGAUUGCAACGGAAAAGUAUACUCAAACAUUAAUUAAAUCGUUUGAUAAAGUAGUACAACCUGGUGUACAAACAAUUAUAGAUUUUCGUAAUGCUGUUCAAACUAUUUUAUAUUCAAAAUGUCAUUCUACACAUGCAGAAAUUAAAACUCAAAGAUGUCAUAUUGACAUAUUACGUCAAGAAUUGUUUGAUGAUUAUAUUGUUCUAGACGUUGAUAAAGCAGAAUUAUUAUUACAUGAAUUGGCUCGGAUUAAUCGUAGUAUUAAAUGGUUCAUGCAAUCAAUUGACGAAACUUUUAAUGCUACAGUUAAAUCAAUUCAAAUAUUUGUUGUACAAGAUGGUCGUCGAUAUGCUUCGUAUGAUACAUUUCUGGAUGAACAUAUUCAGGCAUAUUCAAAUUGUUUAAAUGAAAUAGCCAAGAAAUUGGAUAUUUGUAAUAAAGUUAUAUUAACGUCACAUGAAACACUAGAACAGCAAUGGAAAAUUGAAAAACCACGGGCACUAGAAACAUUUCUUAGAAAACGUACAGAAAUCUAUUCAAGUAAAUUUGAACAACUUUCAAAACCAUUUUUACAAGCAAAAAAUGAAUUAUUAAAAUGUAAUACACGUGACAGUUUCUUAGAUAAAGUUCGUGAAUUAUCAUUGAAUGAAACUAUACCACACAUGAUUGAACCUAUAUUACAUAGCCGUUAUCAUCCAGAAUUAGCUGAAGCUCAACUUAAACCUGAAAAUGAAUUAAAAUUUUUAGCUCAGAUUUAUGAACCACAACAAAAAAAUGAAUUAUUAAGACAAAAUGUUUUAUUUUCAAGUUUAAUAAAUGCAAUUAAAUAUAUAUGUUCAUAUGAAUCAAAUACAGCAACAAAAAAUAAAUAUGCAUUAGAUGAUUUAAAAUUUUUAUUACCAGGUUCCGUACGAUUAAGUAUUCAUAAUAAAUCAUCAGAUUGUGAACAAUUUUUAAUUAAAAUUGGACCAAAUUUACAUCGACAACCGUGGCAAGGAACAGCAGGUAUUAGACAAAGUUCAAAAUGUUCAAAAUAUGCAUUAUCAUUUGAAAUUCGGUUAAGUUUUGAAUAUAAAACUGGCAAUUAUAUACCAAUAUUUAUUAGUCCACAACAAAACAAUGGUUGUUAUUGUUUCUUCUCAGAAUUAUCACGUAUCAAUCAACCAAUUUUGUGGAUACAUUUUGAUUUAAUUCAACAAUAUUUAUCUAAUGUUUAUGUUAACAAUAAUGAUUAUCACAAACGUAUAUUAAGUCAAAUCUUUACUCAAAGUAAUAAAAUUCGAUUGAUUAACAACUAA